AUGACCAAAGAAGACAUGGACAGAUCUUUGAACAUCUGCAUGGUGUCAGACUUCUUUCAUCCUGGCCUGGGGGGCGUUGAGAUGCACAUCUACCAGCUUUCUGAGUGCCUAAUUCAGCGUGGGCACAAGGUCAUCGUGGUGACCCACUUUCGUGGGACUCGACAAGGUGUUCGCUACAUGCGGAAUGGAUUGAAGGUCUACUAUCUUCCUUUCUUGCCUUUCCAUGACAAUUGUACCUUUCCUACAUUCCUAUCGUUUUUUCCGCUGAUUCGCAAAGUUCUCAUUCGUGAGCGCAUUGACAUCGUCCAUGGCCACCAAGCUACGUCCAACUUAGCGCACGAGUGCGUACUCCAUGCGCGGACCAUGGGCUAUCACACCGUGUACACGGACCACUCACUUUUCGGCUUCGCAGAUGCUGCUUGCAUACACGUCAAUAAGCUUUUGAAGUUCUUCCUGACCAACGUCGAGCACUGCAUCUGUGUGUCGCACACAAAUCGCGAGAACCUGGUGCUGCGAGCAUCUUUGAAUCCAGCCAAUGUCUCUGUCAUUCCGAAUGCAGUGGACACGAGGCGCUUUACCCCGGACACUUCCAAGAGAGCACCGCGACCAGCUGUGACAGUGGUGGUGGUAAGUCGCCUCACUUAUCGCAAGGGCGUGGACCUCCUAGUGGGUGCCGUGCCGGAGAUUUGCCGGAGGAACCGGGAUGUGCGAUGGGUCAUCGGUGGCAGUGGCCCAAAGAGGCUGUUGCUCGAAGAGAUGAUCGAGAGGGAAAAUCUUCACGAUCGAGUGGAGCUUUUGGGAUCGGUUCCGCAUGAAGAUGUCCGCAAGGUUCUUGUGAGAGGGGACAUUUUCCUCAACACCUCGCUCACAGAAGCCUUCUGCAUUGCUAUUGUAGAGGCAGCUGCUUGUGGACUGAUGGUCGUGUCGACCAAUGUCGGGGGCAUCCCCGAAGUGCUCCCGCCUCACAUGACUCGCCUGGCUGCUCCGUGCGUGGACGACAUCGUGCAGGCCUUGGAGGAUGCUCUCGGCUCACUCCCUCCCCGGGAGGCAGCCGCGACUUUUCAUGAAGAGGUGCGCGGGAUGUACUCCUGGCUCGACAUUGCAGAGAGGACGGAAAAGGUAUACCGCAAGGUUGUGAAACUUCCACGAGUUUGCUUGCGUCAGCGUUUGCUGCGCUUCUUGCGGGUUGGACCCGUGUCCGGCAAGCUGUUUCUGCUGCUCGCUGCACUCGACACGCUGUUGUUCUGGUGCUUGAAAUGGUUGCAUCCGGUGGAGGAGGUGGAGUGCGCCGUGGACGUGCCCCGAUUCCCGGGAUCCGGUUUACCGGAGAGGCAGCGAAGCCGAGAACCAGCAGAGAAAAUCGUGCGAAAGCCUUGCCGUGGCGCGAACUGCUCGUUCCGGGUUUCGUAUUGGAGGGUGGCCCGAAUGCGGCUGGACUUGCGCAUCGCGAUCUUCCCGAAGGAUGUGGCGGUUUUUGAUGAGGAGAAUACCAUCUGGGCAUAUGCCAUCCCUGAUCGUCAGUGGAUUGCAAUGCCAGACAGAUUCGCAAUGGGCCCGCCUCGGUUGAUGGACGCGUACUUCACGACCUACCGGUGGAUGCUCGACAAAAGAAGCUGGCAACACUAUGAUCCCGGACUUCGCACCGCCUGUGCACGACGUGGCCACCUCCAGUUGGAGCCUGCGGAGACUUCGGAGAGCGGAGCUCCACAUCGGCUCCGGGCCUUCGGCAAGCUCUGGCCCUGCCCCGAGCACUCGGCUCGUGGCUUGGCGUAUCCAGGACCAGAAAACGUUCUCGAAGCUCGGAUGCUGACAUUCCAGGCUUCAACAAAUCCCGGAGUCACCGUCCGACUAAGAAGCGACAUCUGCUUCAGCCACCUCACCCAGAUACCGGACUCCUCCUGCAAGCAGCUACCCGAGCGUCACCCUCACGGGUAUUGGACACACGACUGGGACACCUCGCCCUUGAUGGGAAGCAUGUUCCAAGCCUACUUGCAGCGGCAGGCAGGUGAGAAACCUCGCGUCGACCAUUCCAUGCUGGCAAUUCUCGAGAGAGUCUCUGAGCAUGCGAUGCCAUCUCAAACCAUCUCCUUCGGGCAGGCUGCAUCACCUGGAAGCGCGAAAACGGAAACUCGGCUCUUGCCGUACGAUGGGAUCUUUGCAGCGGGUCUGGCCGAUUUCUUCUUGGCGGAAUGGGGGGCGAAGGAAUCUCGAGGCCAGUCACGACCACCAAAGAUUUUGAUCCUGGGGGCUGGACGUGGGGCUUUGGCAGAGCAGCUGGCACGCUGGGGCCUGCCAGCGGUGGCCAUAGAUGGGAAUUGCAUGGUGGAGUUCACUGCUGAACAUCGCGGACUGUGUGCCGAUGUUGUGCAUCCUCGUGGCUUGGGCGCGUGGGCAGAGGCAGCAUGUGGGGCCGAGGUGCCACCGGCUCCUCGAGUUGAUCCAGAAUUGAAGGCUCUCGCCCCAAAGGAGACGAAGCUCUGGUGCCACUGGUUGCAAGGUGUUUCGAAGAGCGACUGGGCACUGGCUCUCAAUCUCUUUCCGGAGAUUCCCCGCCACCUGAUUCCAAGGCUCGCAAGAGAGCUCACCUUGGGCCGGGAGGGCGUCAUUCUGACCAUGCCGAUUGGCAGGCCCUUGCAAGACGCAAAAAGACGGGAUCUCGUUCGAGCUCUUCGCCAUCGAGGCUACGCGGUUGACAGGGAUGCCAGCCGCCACGUUGGAGCGCUUGGAGGAUUGCUUUGCUGCCCAUGGAAUGCAAACGCCAUUGUCCUGAGGAAGAGGCGGAAGGAAACGACAGACUGCUCUGCUCGUGUGAUCCAGCAGCUGAAGGGCAGUCUGCCGUGUGUUUUGCAUCAGAACUAUGGGUGCGUGCACGGUGGUGUUUGGGUUCACUUUGGCUGCCGCGGCUACUUCACGAAUGGCGGCAAUGGCGGUCAUGGUUCAACCCUCUGCUCAAGUCCUCUUUCUGAAUACGCCGAGUGCCCUUGGCAAGGAGUAAAGACUCAGACGGAGCUUCCGCGCAAGCGGAAGCUCCGACCUGCGCGCCGUCCGGUGGCGUUGGUUGCGCGGGCGCUGUUCCGUUCGGACAUGGCUCAUGCAGGCAAGGUUCAAAGCAACGCCUCCUCCCAGUACACACGGCUCUUUGGGGAACCUCUGGCUGGACUCUACGAGGCGAUGGAUCCCCUGAGCUUCGGCGCAGGUGUGUGGCCGGACUCUCUCCAAGAAAGGCUCUUUCUCGUUGCGACCCUUCGGGCCCUGAAGCUCGCAGCUGCAGGUUCCUUCGUUGGCCACAACCUGGCUCGAGCCCGUGCCAGAAUCGGUCGAAGCCAUCGAGCACUUCAAGGCAUGCUCAGCAUGAUCGAGAUCAAAGCGAAGUUUUCAGGACCUGCGGAACGGCAGCGUGCUUCGCUGAUGCUCGAGUGCUUGCGAGUGAUUGCUGAUCUGAACCAUGUUGGCUUGCACAGCUUGUCUCAACAAGGCCACGUAGACGUAGACGCGAUGAAGUGGACCAUCCCAAAGCUGAUCGUUACUUUGGAGAAGCUGAUGGAACCAGCACCAGAGAAGAAGCUUGCGUGGUUCGAGCGGUUGAGUGGGACGUGGCACCUUCGUGUCGACUCCGACGAUUCGUGGGGACGCUAUGUCUACAAAUUCGCCUAUCAAGCGGCCAUUUGA